ACAACAAAAAACAACAACAACAAAAACAAACCAGACUAAAAAGAGACAAUACACACAGACGGAUGGACGAAGUGUAAGUUGUUUUUCCCUCGGGCCGAUCUCCUCGUUGUUGACUGGUCGCCGCUGUUUGGCUGGCUGGCUGUUUGUUUGCUUAUCUAUCGAUUGAUUGCGUUUUAAUUAGAGGUAAGAGGGGUAGAGGGGCGGAGAUUCGGGUACGAACGCGUGGCUGUGUGUGUGCGUACGUGCGCGCUCUCGUGUGCGUGCGCGCCUGUUAAUUAAAUAACCAGUGCGUUUCUCUACGUUUUUUUUUAUUUGUAUUUUUUUUAAGAUAGCUUAAAGCGAAUGUAUUCUGAAGCAUAUGUAGGCCAAAUGAAUAGCUCCAAACCAAAUAGAACUCCACAAUAAGAAUUCUUUUUAAGGGUUAUUAUUACCCCCGCGAACGGUGUUUUCGUGUCGUCUUGUGUCUUUAUUCAAGCUAAUAAUCAAAGCUAACCCACUUAGCACGCUUGCGACUGUUUUCACGCCUUUUUCUAAUAUUAGCAUCACGGUAGGGGCCUCCACGUUGGCUUAUUUAGUUCCCAAAAAAAGAAGAGCAGUCCUCGCCGUUUUAACCCAACUUUCCCUCUCGUCUAUCCGUCUGUGUAGCGUCGUAACAGCUUCUAUGCACAUUCACGCCGGGUUAAGUCAAUAAAAGUGCCGGGGGAGGGCUUCAUGUGUACGCACCAAGCGGCGAGCCGUCCACGCCGAACCGCCUCCCGACCAAGCCGGACCGACAGCGCCGAGACUCCGGCGAGGACCGAGCUCGCCCCGGCUCCUCCUCAUUCGCACCGGAACCCAAAGAAAGAAGCCGAAGCCGGAGGAAGAUCAUGUUUGUCCCCUUGCCGGUGCCGUUCGUCUUUCAGAGAGCUGCCCCUGACCUCAGCGCCUGGCGUCUCAAGUCCCCCCUGGCUCUCCGCUCCAACUCCGAUAUCAGGAUGUCAAGGCCAGCUGAACUUGAGAAAUUAGCGGCUGACUCACCGCUGGAGAGCAAAGAUUCAGAGCUCAAUGGAUCUGACUCUAAUCACCAGGCUCAGUCAAUGAAGGUCAAUCCCUUUUCCCUUUCGCCAAGCCUGAGCAACAGCAAGAAUAAGAUGGAAGAGUGUGGCGAGAUGUCCCCGGCACUUCCUCCCUCUCACGGCCCGUCCGCCUCCCAGACGGCACUGCAACACACACAGCUCAUGCUGACCGGAUCCCAGCUGGCAGGGCUCACGGCUCUGUUGCCGGCGCAGCAGCAGCUUCUGUUGCAGCAGGCCCAGGCUCAGCUGCUGGCCGCCGCCGUGCAGCAGUCCAGCGCCGCGCACGCCGCUCACCAGCAGCAACAUACACAGCAGGCACAGCAGCAGCAGCAGCAGCAGGCGGUGCAAACAGGCCAGCAGGGUCAGGGACAGAGCACACAGGAACACACUGCCCAAAGCGUCCCUGCCCCACCUCCUCCGCCCCAGCUUGCCCUCUCUCAGCCAAUCCAGCUCACCGCCCAGGACAUCCAGCAGCUGCUGCAGCUCCAGCAGCUGGUUUUGGUGCCCGGCCACUCGCUCCCGUCACCUGCACAGUUCCUCCUCCAACAAGCGCAGCAGGGCCAGCAAGGACUCCUAUCGACACCAAAUCUUAUUCCACUACCUCAACCAAACCAAGGGAGCCUCCUGUCUGCUCAGAGUAGAAUGGGACUCCAAGCACAGCGAGACAAGAGCAUGGAGGUGAGCGGUGGCGGGGGCGGCCUGAGCACGGUGCCCCCCGUACCCUCUCACCCCGAGGAGCCUAGCGACCUGGAGGAGCUGGAGCAGUUCGCCCGGACUUUCAAACAGAGACGCAUAAAACUGGGCUUCACACAGGGAGAUGUCGGCCUGGCCAUGGGGAAGCUGUACGGCAACGACUUCAGCCAGACCACCAUCUCCCGCUUUGAGGCCCUCAACCUGAGCUUUAAGAACAUGUGCAAGCUGAAACCGCUGCUGGAGAAGUGGCUCAACGAUGCAGAGACCAUGUCCAUAGACAGCACCCUUCCCAGCCCCAGCUCGCUAUCCUCGCCAUCGCUGGGCUUCGACGGCAUGCCGGGCCGCCGCAGAAAGAAGAGAACCAGCAUCGAGACCAAUGUACGCGUUGCCCUGGAGCGUGCUUUCUUGACGAACCAGAAGCCUACCUCAGAAGAGAUCCUGCUGCUCGCCGAGCAGCUCAUCAUGGAGAAGGAGGUGAUCCGGGUGUGGUUCUGCAACCGCCGACAGAAGGAGAAACGCAUCAACCCCAGCAGUUCCACCCCUCCCCUGCCCAACCAGCCUGCCAGCGCCCCGCCCGCGCACAAGGCCCCCUGCUACAGCUCCAACAUGAUGAGCAGCCAGCUGACACAGGCCGUGACCAGUCUCAGUAGCACAACGGCGACCACCAUGUCCCCCAUCUGCCCCCUGACCUCCAGCCUGGGCUCCAGCCUCACCUCCAGCUCUGCGCCGUCCCCGGUGACCCCUCCUCCUGCUCCUCCCGCUGCUCCUCCACGCAGCACAGCCAGCCCGGCCAGCCACAGUACACUCAAUCUCAAUACUGGCUUGUGGCGUGUGGGUAAAAAGAACGGUGACGUGUCAAGCUACAUCACCGACUUCACUGCAAACUUGAGGAACACUGUGAUGGGGGUUAACACAGGGAUGAACCAAGCCCUCCUCGGUAACAAUCCCCUGGCCACUAUACAAGCCCUGGCAGCCAGUGGUGGCCAGCUGCCCCUUUCCAGUCUUGAGGGGGGCGGCAAGAUGAUGCUGGGGGCGUCGGGUGGCCAGGGCGGCGGCCUGGCGUCCUCGCUCUUCCUCAACCACCCGGCCCUCCUCCACAUGGGCCAGAGCCCGGGCGCCGGUCUGCUGAGCGCGGUGGCGGCCAAGGCCUCACGCCCAUCACCCUUCGCCCCCUCGGCCAGCAGCAUCAGCCCCACCCUCUGCUCCCCCUCCCCCUGCUCCAGCCCCGCCUCCUCCUGCUCGUCCAGCGAAAUGGCACACAGCCCCAAGAUGGAGUGACGCCGCCGGGCGGCCAAUCAGAGAGGAGGAAGGAAGGAAGCGGGCAUCUCUGGACUUUCACACCAAAGCUAGCUCUUCCUCUCUCUCUUGCGCUCUUCUUUUUCUUCUGGCUCUCUCCGUCCUU